UUUUUUGUGUUGAGAUCUGCACCGAAAACUAAGGAAAGUACUAUCAGAGUUUCCAGAGAUUAAAUCUACUCUGCUCUUAAAUAUGAUGAGUUUUUGUUUUGGUCGUCUUUAGAAAAAAAAAAAAAAGAAGAAAACCCAAAAAAACCAACAUCUCUAUCUGUUGGAGGAAUUCCGGCCUGUCAGCUAUUUUGGUUCCUGUCUUGCUUUCACUAUUUUGUGAAAGGAGAUGUAAGAAGGAAGGAAGGGGAGAGCGAGUGAGAGAGGACGACAGCGAGAGGAGGGGAGUCAGACAUAUACAGUCUGAGCGCCUCGGAGAGAGUCAGUUGUGUUCAGAAGCAGCUGAGAAGAAAGAAGCCAAGACACAACAUGGUUCGGUGGUUCCACAGAGACAUCACAGGCCUGCAGGCCGAGGAAAUGCUGAAGACUCGAGGCAUCCAUGGCAGCUUUCUGGCCCGACCCAGCAAGAAAAACGUAGGAGAUUUCUCCCUCUCUGUCAGAGUGGGCGAGCUGGUGACCCACAUCCGCAUCCAGAACACAGGAGACUACUACGACCUGUACGGCGGGGAGAAGUUUGCCACCUUGUCCGAGCUGGUGGAGUACUACACAGCUGAGAACGGCAUCCUGCAGGACAAGGACGGCACCGUCAUCGAACUCAGAUACCCCCUCAACUGCUCCGACCCCACCACAGAGAGGUGGUACCACGGUCACCUGUCGGGGCCGAAUGCAGAGAAGCUGCUCAGUGCACGAGACGAGCCGGGGACCUUCCUUGUCAGAGAGUCGCUGUCCAAACCUGGAGACUUUGUCCUGUCGGUUCUGACGGACGAGAGGAGCAAAACUGGAGGGAAGAGGGUCUCCCACAUCAAGAUCAUGUGUCAGAAUGACAGGUACACAGUUGGAGGUUCAGAGCUGUUUGACACGCUGACAGACCUGGUGGACUACUACAAACGCAAAAGCAUUGAGGAGAUCUCUGGGAACUGGGUGCAUCUCAAACAGCCGUAUUACUCCACCAGAGUGAAUGCAGCAGAUAUCGACAGCAGAGUGAAACAGCUGGAUCAGACCACACAGCAGCAGCAGGAUGGAGAGGGCGAGAAGAGCAAGGCGGGCUUCUGGGAGGAGUUUGAUGCUCUUCAGAAGUUUGAGGCCAAAGUGAAAAAGAGCAGAGAGGAGGGCCAGAGACCUGAGAACAAGAGCAAAAACAGAUACAAGAAUAUCCUUCCCUUCAACGACACCAGGGUCGUCCUGCAGGACGCUGAUCCUGAUGUUGUGGGCUCAGAUUACAUCAACGCCAACUACGUGAGAAACAACCUGUGGGAGUCCGGAGAUCAGAAAGUUUACAUCGCCACCCAGGGGUGCCUAGCAACAACUGUCAACGAUUUCUGGCAGAUGGUAUGGCAGGAGAACACGAGGGUGAUCGUCAUGACAACAAGAGAGGUCGAGAAAGGGCGGAAUAAAUGCGUUCCAUACUGGCCCGACCCUCAGAGCUCCAAGGAGGUGGGUCCAUUCGUGGUGACCUCUUCAUCUGAGAGGGAAGCUGCUGAUUACAAAAUCAGAGUUAUGGAAAUCGCUCCUAUGGACCAGCCAAAACAAUCUCGCAUUAUCUGGCACUACCAGUACAUGAGCUGGCCCGACCAUGGCGUCCCUCAGGAGCCAGGUGGCGUCCUCAGCUUCCUCAGCCAAGUGAACUCUAAACAAGAAGAGUUUCAUGGUGCUGGACCCAUGAUCAUCCACUGCAGUGCUGGAAUUGGUCGAACAGGCACGAUCUUGGUGAUCGACAUGAUCAUUCAGAACAUUGACACUAUAGGUCUGGACUGUGAUCUCGACAUCCCAAAAUACAUCCAGAUGGUGCGAGAGCAGCGCUCUGGCAUGGUGCAGACAGAGGCUCAGUACAAGUUCAUCUACCUAGCCGUGUCCGAGUACAUACAGACCACCAAGGCCAAAACCUCUGCCUCCAUGGAAACUGAGACAGAGUAUGGAAAUCUGCAACUCAAACAUCAACCAGCAAGCAGGAAGGUCUCAAAAAAUAAGGAGGACGUUUACGAGAAUCUGUCAAAAGGGAAGAAAGACGGGAAGAAACCAAAGUCAGACAAGAAAAGUGGCUCCGUGAGGAAAAGAUAGAAAUUUUUUAUCAAAGUAUGUCAUGUUUUUAUAUUUAUGAAGGCAAGAAUUUGUAUUUUAAAAGAGAUAAUAAAGUUACAGUGUGAAAUUUAGAAAUAAGGUAAUCGUUUGACAUCACAGUUGUCAUACAAAUACUCGGCUGAGAAUAAAGCCAGAACAUGUGUGAACA